UGCCGUCCACGUGACCACGCUUCCAUCGCCGAUUCAGCAGUACAUGUGAAGAACAGACAUAUAGAUAGGGUUUUUCAACUGGAUCAUUUAGAACAGUAACGUUUCAAUAUGGCUGAUUCCAAAUCCAGUUUGGCUCGUGAUGGUACCAUGCAGGUUACUGCCAAGGAAGGAAUAGGGUUUUUGGAAGCAGCUGGUAAAGACAAGCUUCUAGAGAUGCAGGGGCUAAAGGACCCUAAGGCUGACAAACCUGCUCUGGCACGCGAUGGAACCAUGAUAGUAACAGCAAAGGAAGCUGAUGCUUUGUUGGGCAAUGACAGGCCUGAUCAAGAUGCAAAAACCAGAGGUCAGAAUGUAAAGAUUAAUGAAAAGGAAGAUCCUCCGGCUAAAAAACCCCGCAUGGCUAAGGGUGUUACAAUGAUCGGCACAGCUCAGGAAGCCGAAGCUAUUUUGGGAGGAAACAAACCAGACGCGGAUGCCAUGACUCGAGGCCAACAAAAAAAAAUUGAUGAAAUCUCGAAAGAAACUCCUCCUACUCCGUCAAAAAAAUCUCGCAUGUCCAAAGAGGGCACAAUGGCAGCCACAGCAAAGGAGGCAAAGGCAUACUACAUUGGAAAGGACAAACUUGGGGACACGAGGUCAGAAUCUAAGGCUCUCAAACAGACUGCAGCCACAACACCCAAAAAGAUGACAUCUAUUGCCAAGACAAUCGGAGAAGCGGCCUAUGUAGUUCCAGACAUCAAUGUAAAUGAAGGUAGGAAAACAAGAUCUCAGUCAAAUCCAAAACCAUCAAUGAAACGGGCCGGAACAAUGCAGCAGACAGCUAAAGAUGGCAAAGAGUAUUUGAAACGUGGUAGAAAAUCAAAGAAAGCUGCUGCAGCGAAGAUUGAGGAAGAGGCUGAAGAUGAGGAGGAGGAGGUAGAUGAUGAGUAAGAGAUGCCAUCUGAUAAAUCAUUUCAUAAAUUAUCUGGAGUUGAUCAUAAAUAUGUUAUCAUUCACUGGCAAAGUUCUUGAUAUUUCUUCUGUAUAUGAAAUCCCAAGGAUAUAUAUGUGAUUUCAUCUAGACAUUUGUUUAGCUGGGUGAAUAGAAUUUGCAGAUUUUGUGAUUGUAUAUGGUUUUCAUCUAGAGUUGAAAGUGAAUACAUGGUUUUCAAUAAAAGAAUGAAAGUAACCAGUUCUUGUGCACUAAGUAUUUAUAUCAUUUUUUUUGUGCAUGGUCUGUUUUCACACAUAAUGUGAUUAACAUAUCCAUAUUCAUUUUUGUUAGUUUUAUGUGGUUGUUUCUUCAUCUUUCCUCACAGACUAAGAGUAAUAAUUGAUUCCUUUUAAAUGUAUUUUUUUGCAUGAGACCCCAUUCAAGCAUUGGAUAUUUAUGUUCCUCAAGACAACCAAGGGGAGACAAUUUCCUCGAGCCUAUCUGUCAGAGGUACGCAUUAAACUCGAACCUAUCGGUCAGAUACAUUUACAUCGUUUUUUCUUGAGCCUAUCUGUCAGAGGUACACGUUAACAUAGUUUUUCAAUGGAAUUAUGAAAAUGAAAUGUUUAUUUUUAAUAUAUUUAAUAACUUUAAAUUCAAUUAAAUGCAUCAUAGGAAGUGAGAAUAGUGUUCAAACUUUGGAGCAUCAUGAUAUGUUAGGAACUAUCAUUGAAUAAUUCUUGUGAUGUGAGUUUUCUAUUAGAUUUGAUUGUUUUAUUAGAGAUGUAGAUUUUUUAUUUUUUUUUACAAAUCUGGGGGAAAAAAGGAGUUUGAAGUGGCAGCAAUUUCAAUUUGCAUAGCAUAAUCAUGAAGCAUUACAAUUAGAUUUUGAUCAUUAAAAAUUAUCUUAAAUAAUUUGAAGAUUAUAUAUAUUGGUAUUUGUUAUACACUAUGAUCAUGUUUAGGAUGCAAAAUAUGGUAAAAAAUGUAAUAAAAGUUAUCAUUAAUGUAGAAGAAAUUAUAAUUACCAUAUCCUAUGAGUGACAAGCUUUUGCUUGGUAUUAAUUCAUUUGUUAAAUAAAUUUACAGAUGAUGAAAUUUCUUCAAUUCUGAAAUUAUCCAUUCACAUAUAUUAAUUUGAACAUUAAAACAAACUUGCAACUUCUUUUAUCAACUCUCACAGAUUUUCAUGCAGAAGAAAGGACAAUAUAAUAGGUAUCUACUGAAAAAUGCCAGAGUUACUUAGCGCUGACAUUUCAUUGAUGUGUUCAUUAAAUGAAAUGUGUUGUGUGUUUAUUUAAAACCAAGAUGAUACAUUGAGUGUAUGAUUAGGUCACUAUGAUAGGUUGUGUUUUAUAUACAAGUACAUUCACAAUAUUCUAGCAGUGAUUUUUUUGUAUUAAACUUUGUGUCAAUGCAGUAUAAUGCUUUCAUCUAUUGUUUUGUUGUUGUUCAAACGCAUUGAUUUCCUUAAUGUUUGGCUAGGGAUUACAUAACUCAAUAUAUAAACAUUUAUUUAUAACAUAUAGCUCUCUGUUAACUUCGGGGUUAUCAAAGUGACUUUUUAUAGAUUUGCAGAAACCAUGCAAAAUUUAUAUUAGAUAAAUUGAGAAAAUCAACCCUAUGUAUUUUCUUUUUACUUUACAUAUAUGGUUUUCAUAGAAACAUUGGAACUGUGAAUAUUGAUACAGGGAAUCAAAGAGUUUUAAAAAGAAUUUUAUUCAUCUUUAAACAUUAACAAGUAUUUUCACCAUAUAUCACUCAGUCUUGUUAACUUGGUUGGUAGCUCUCUUUGUCUUUAUGUGGGAAGAAAGUGUGGUAUUCGGCGAGUAUUAGCUCAACAUCUGACCGUGAAAGCAUCGUCACACUUACUUGUAAAUGUAAAACAAUAUAAAGAAAAAAAGGAAACAUAAAGAAUGGAGAUUGUGGUGUGUUGAAAUGUUUCAAGUGUUGUUAUGUAACGCGUUAUUGUUUUCUUCCGUUUUUGAUAUCAUACGAACAUAGUGAACUUGUAACUAGUAUAUAAUCAAGAUAUUUUUAUUUCUCAUAUGAAAAGAAGAUAUUUACCUUUUUUCACAUCAAUUUAAAAUGAAGUAUUCCACAUCAAUAUGUAUAUCAUCGUUUGAGUACUAUUUUGUUCAGAACAAACAAAAAUGUUUCAUAACAACAUGCCAUUUCUUUGUUCAGAAAGUUUAUAUCAUCCACAAAUGGCAAAAUUGUUGGAGUAGAUAGUGGUCAUGGUUCCUGUAUUAUUUUUCACAGUUGUAAACUAUAAUAUGCACUCAUGGCUUUUUAUAAUGAAUUAACAAAUUCACUGUUGAUAUCUGCACAUAAGAAAGUAAGGUUAUAUGCUACCUUGCUGAAUACACCAGUGUCUUACAGUAACAGUCAAAUCAUUUCCUUUUUGUCUUCAAAUUACAGAUAUUGUUAACGAAUAUUAACCUGAAUGUAAUUGCGUUUAUAAGUCGACUUUUGUGUCUGUUAAGACAGACAAAAAUCUAUAUAUUGAAUCCAGGUUAUUCCAGAAUUGAUUGUGCUGCAGAGUUGGGAGGCCAUUUUAUUUGAAAAUCAUAGGUGGUUGGGUAUAUACGUAUUUAUACAAAAUUCUACUUACUUUAUAACGUUAGUGCAAUUUAUUUCUUUUAAACAGUGCAAUCCAUCGCUCUCAUAUAUGAUCAGUUUUGAAAUAGCUGCUAAUGACGUUGAUUAUUUUUAACGAGAGUUUUUUUUAUUGCGGAUAUCUUUGGAAAGGAGAAAGUCGCAGUAAAGUAGCAUAUAUCCUUCAUGUAGCUAAAUAGUUCUAAAUUGUUUUUCUAAUUAAGCUCCAGACAUCAUGGCCAUCAUUUAUCAAGGAAGUGUAUAUUCUGAAGCACUUGAUCCUUUUACUUUAAGAUUACUUGAACUUUCCUAAAUGCAUUUAUUGUGUGAAUGUCCAUCGGUUUGGAUGAGAGGACAUUUUGUGAUCUGGGAAUACUUGUUAGUGGUAGUGGAAAGGUGAAGCUGAAAUUUGAUUGAUACUCCAAAUAUAGACAGUCACAUUUAAUUUUCACAAUAAUUUCUGUCUUUUAAUUUCAUUGAACUGUUUAAGUUGGAAACACUUUAAAUUCAGAAAAGUUUUAUGAACUUGAAUGGAAUGGACAUGUGAAAUAGUACUUAUAGCAACACUGUCAAGAACAACCGAGGCAUGUACUGUGUAUUAAUCCAUACACUUGUUUAAAAAUAAUUCUGCAUCAACUAGGUUUUCCUAUAAAAGAGCUGCAAAACAUUAUUGAAAGUUUUUCAUUUGCUGAAUAAAAGCGCUAUGGAUGAGAACUUGCCCGAUACUCACAGUAUGGGGUAAUAAAUCACAUCACUAUUUGUUCUGUUCAUUGAGAAAUAAUCUGAAUAUCAUUGAGCUGUUGCUAACUCCUUUUAAUAGUUUCAAAUAAAUGUUGAGUGUUUGAAUUUAUUUUAAAUAAAUGAAGCCAUCACUGGUUGUUUUAUAAGAUUGAUUUAUAUAGAUUUAAAGUGAUUUUAGACUGUGUUAUGUUUAACUUAAGAGGCUAGAUUUUCUGAUGUCAGAAUAUAAGUUGUUGAUCGACUGAGUAAUUUUUAAUUUAAUAGAUCAAAUCAAUUUAUUCCAUUUACAUAUUUAUAUUAGGUAAAUUAAUUUUUUAUUUUAAACAUGAAUGAAAUUUAAAAAUUUCAAUAUUAUUUGAUUUUAUAUACGUUUUGUCUCCCUUUGUUUCUCUGGAGUAUCGGCAAUUUUGUAAGACAUUCUUAUGUGUUUUAACUGUAGUGUCAUUUCCGUGUUAAAUGUGAGAUGUAUUUUAUCUAACAUGACUGAUUUAGUAAGUGAAUGAAAGAAAUUAAAACUAUUUAGCAAAAUCA